UGUUACACAAAUAACUAUAGUAUCAGCAUGCAAAGAGUGUGGGAUUUAUUAUAUGCUGAGGAUAACGAGGAAAUCGAGCAAGACGCAAGAGUUCCAAGAAUUUUGCAAUUACACCAUAGGAUUAGACUGCGCAUUAAUUAUUUUGAGGAGUUAGAUGAAAAUGCAUUUAUUGAUCGUUUCCGAUUAUCAAAGCAAAGUGUUACUAUGUUGCUCAAUAGGAUUCAUCACCAAUUAGAACAUUUUACUAACUGGAAUUAUGCCAUUUCUCCAAUGAUCCAGUUACUGGUUGCACUGAGAUUCUACGCAACUGGAUCAUUUUUUAUCACGGUGGGAGAUUUCUGCGGAAGAAGUAAAGUUUCGGCUCAUACGAUUGUGCAUCGCGUUUCCCCAGCAAUUGCAACUUUGAGUGAGGAUUUCAUUAGAUUUCCUGCACAGCCUGACCAAAUACGCCAAGCUCAAGGGGAAUUUUUUGAAGUGUCUGGUUUUAUUCGAGUCAUAGAAGCUAUAAAUUGUAAGCACGUACGAGUCCAAUCAUAUGGUGGAGAAAAAGCAGAGUUAUAUCGAAAUAGAAAGGGCUAUUUUUCAAUAAAUGUGCAAGCUGUGGUAAAUGCACGAUUAGAAUUUAUUGACAUUGUAGCGCGCUGGCCUGGAGCGACUCAUGACUCCACCAUAUUCAAUAAUUCGCGAAUAAAAGCUUUAUUUACGAAAGAUAUAAAGUAUCUUUCGUAACCGUUAAUUAAAUUACCUGUGACAUAUGUUUCUCUUUUAUUUUUUGCAUACAACUUCUUGGCGUCCUUCUUAGCAUUGAUCCAGAAGUUUUUUAUGUUUCCUAAUUCGCGAGGGCGACAGUUGCUUUGCUGAUUAUACUCGUCUAAUAUCUUGAGCCAAACCUCUUCUUUGUCUCUAACACUCACAGCAUCAGUCCGGUUAUUUUCUAUUAUCAAUUUGUAUUUUUUUAUUAAUGAUACAAGUACCAGUUUUUCAUCUUGAGAAAAAUUUGGUGCUCAUAUUCGGUU